AUGCGACUCUUCUGUUCGGCAGGCGAUGGCACACACCAUUGGACCGUGGGUCAAAAUCAUGAUCCAAAGCUCCUCAUCACACUAGAAAAUAAAGGCAUUCUUGAUUUCCGAAAUCCCAUUCACAUGGCCGAUUGGCAAAUCAUUCCAUACAUCUUCCCCCACUCAUACUCCACCGAGGUAGAUGAGCAAAGUGAAGAAAACGAGGAAGAUGGUGAUGAUGAUGAAGAAGAGGAGGAGCCUCACCAUGCUUCUCCCACCGGUGGUGGCAGCUCAUCCCAUUUUGCUGCACCCCCGCCUUAUCAUCAACAGUAUAUGGACGAAUUCUAA